AUGUCUCAAGACGCCAACUUCGGCGAGGCGGAAGCUGCCGGAGAGCCGCUCUCUGAAAACACCGUCGAGUACAUGCUCUUCGUGAUAGACAGUCAGCAGUCAGACCCUCGCCGAGCACGCGCUCGCCUCGACGCCAUUCGGAAAGCCGCGGUUGAGCUCGCCCAGUCACUCACAAAGGACUACAUCUGGCAGCGUGAAGCGUUUGAGAUUUCACUGAAGAGCGAGCAUGGACUGCUUUUCCUACAAGGCACAACCGACUAUGGAGAUGCCAUCGAGGAUGAAUGGCUCAUCGUCUACUUGCUGUGUGAAUUAUCCAAGGCCCACUCGGAUCUCUGGGUGCGAGUCUCCGACUCUGACGGCGAGUUCCUCCUGGUAGAAGCGGCCAACGUCCUCCCCAGCUGGCUGAGUCCGGAAAUCGAUCGCUAUCGUGUAUGGAUUCACCUUGGAAAGAUCUUCCUCAUACCCUUCAACCCCAACAGCCAAACCGAGCCAGAACAUUUGUCGGUCCUACAAGCCGUCACGUUUCUGCGGUCCAAACCAGACGCCCUCAUUCACCUCCCCGCCCUCGAUGCCGAAGCCUUUGACAGAUUGAGGAAGUAUCCUGAGCAAAUCGCCAACUCCAUACACCACUCUCUUGUCACGAUACCCAGGACGGUUGCCUACAUCCUUCAUGCUCUUCCCAAGAUCAUUGCCCCUGCCGUGGAGCAUUUCUAUCUGAGAGACGCAAACUCGCUAAAACCCAUUCUGUCGUCAACGGCGCCUCUGCGAUUCCCUCCCGAGGAUCUCGUCACGGUCAGCGUACGAUUCAGCAAAACGCUCUAUGCGCAACUCAAGUCCCAGAGAUUCGAUGCGCCGCCACGGUGGCAGCCCCUGCUUCGCAAACACCAAGAGCUAGACCUCCUCUCAAAGGAAGAUCAGAAAAAGCUGGAAAGGCUAGAAAUGGGGAUGAAGCUGACCUGCGGAUUCGAGAUGCUAGCCGCCAAUGCGGAGAAAAGCAAGAGCAGAGUCGCCCGCGAGAUGGCUAUACUAUUGGACGACCUCGAAGAGGAUGGAAGCUCGGCCUUGCCAUCCGACGAAGAAAUCAAACAGUGGGAGAACGUUGAUCGGGACGACGACGACUCGUGGCUUGAUAUCAACUACGAAGACUUUGAGCGUGAGCUGGAAGGGAAGCAAGCCGCUUCUUCUUCAAAGGCGCCAUCUGGCUUCGGCGAGGCUCAGACGCAAGAGAAUCUCAGAAAGAUUGUCUCCCGCUUCGAGGCUUUUCUCAACGACGAUAGCGCUGGGUUGGAAGGCGCUGAGCUCGACCGGAUGGACAUUGAUGACGAUGACGAGGAUGAUGACGAUGACGAUGAAGAUCAAGACGACGAGGUCAACUUUGACGAAGAAGCGUUCUCCAACAUGAUGAAGGAAAUGAUGGGCAUCACGAAGACGGGCAACGCAGAAGGAGAAAAGGCUCGCAAAGUCGAUACUGCCGAAGAAAGCAUGGACAGUGAGGCGGAAGAAGAUCGAGACAUCCAAGAGCUCGCCUCUCGCAUGGAAGCCGAGCUCAAAGAGUACGGAACACUCCAGCUCGAUCCACCAAUAACGGAUCGCGCUAUAAGAUCGAAGGAGAGCUUAGAGAAGGGAAAGGGUAAGCAGCCGGCAGUGCAGAAGGAGAGCGGUCAGCAGGCAAAUACCGCAGAAGACGACGAUGACGAUGAAGAGAUUGACAUCGAUUUCAACCUGGCCAAGAAUUUGCUAGAGAGCUUCAAGAGCCAGGGGGGCAUGGCUGGCCCGGCAGGGAAUCUCAUGGGCUUGAUGGGGUUCCAGCUGCCCCGUGAUGAAGAUGACGAGGAUGAGGCCUCCAAAGAUUGA